AAAGCCAGUCUUUGGAACCACCGCACUCGGAACUUGGAAAUAGUAUAGUUCCGUUUGAUUCAGCAACGAAAUGCUUAGAACACUUCGAUCUCGCCGGCGGCCGCGAUACGGUGCUCAGGUAUGCGCCGUCAUCUCAGCUUUCCUUCUCCUCUUAUCAGUCUCUCUCCUACACUCCCGGCUCUCCCUCUCCUCAAAACCCCACAUCUAUCAGCGCCAAUCCGGAACUGUUCUGCCCACCAAUCCUCUCCUCUCCGAUUCUGACGAUGACUUCGGCGGAGUAUCCACCGAUGAUAAGAUCGACGAGCUCGAUACUCUCGAAGAGAACGAUCCCGUUUCCAAUGAAGACGAGAUUGAGCAGGAGCAACGGGAAACAGCGACUGAUCGUGGGAUCUCUUCAUCUGGGCAGUUUUAUUUUGAUCACGUAACUGGUACUAUACGGAGAAAUUUCAAUAAGCGUUCGAUCGAAGAGUGGGAUUACGAUUAUGUGGGGUUUAACGAUGGAGUUUUGGGGGAGGAUAGUUCUGACCUCAAGGCUAAGGCGGCAUUUGCAUCUGAUGAUAUUCCUGUAGACGAAGAGGUGAGGAGGAAGAUGAGUGAGGUUGUGAGCAUUGAAGAUGCGUUGCUGUUGAAGAUUGGGAAGAGAGCGUCUCCAUUGAGAGAGAAAUGGGGGGAUUGGUUUGAUAAGAAAGGUGAUUUCUUGAGGAGGGAUAGGAUGUUUAAGUCUCAUUUGGAGGUUUUGAAUCCAUUGAAUAAUCCUUUGUUGCAGGAUCCUGAUAUUGUUGGGAUUUCAGGCCUGACUAGAGGUGAUAAGAUGGUGCAAAAGUGGUUGUUGAGUGAAUUUAAGCGAGUUCCUUUUAUUGGGAAGAAGCCUUUGGAGGGUACCCACGAUGUAAAUUUUGAGGGGAAAGAUAGCGAGAAUGAGAGAAAUGAUAUGGCAAGAGGUGAGAUUAAAAGGAGGACUUUAGAUGACAAUUUGAAGAAUAAGCUGAGGAGCAAGAGAGAAAGCAGUGGAAGUGAGGAUUUGAGUGCAAAUGUAGGGGGAAAUUUAUUAGAUGAGAGAGCUAGGAAUCAGACUAAUGGGCUGAAUGGUGAUACCAUAGACAAUCGUAAUGAGGGUUUGAGGGGGAAUUCAUCCAGUGAAAGCAGUGAUAGACAGAGUGAAUUGAGGCAGGUGGGAGAGUUGAAGAAUGAAGAUACAAAAGCUCAUGAGAGUAAUGUAGAAUCUUCUGGUCAUAUAUUCGCAGAUGGAAAAAGAUGGGGCUACUAUCCUGGAAUGCAUCCUAGGCUUUCUUUUACAGAAUUCAUAGAUGUCUUUUUCAGAAAAGGGAAUUGUGAUAUCAGAGUUUUUAUGGUAUGGAACUCACCUUCAUGGAUGUAUAAUGUAAGGCACCAAAGAGGGCUUGAGAGUCUGCUUUCUCGGCAUCCAAAUGCAUGUGUUGUAUUGUUAUCUGAAACAAUUGAGCUUGACUUUUUCAAAGAAAGCUUUGUCAAAGAUGGUUACAAAGUUGCUGUGGCAAUGCCAAACCUUGAUGAAUUGCUGAAGGAUACGCCUGCUCAUGUUUUUGCCUCUGUUUGGUUUGAAUGGAGAAAGACAAAGUUCUAUGCCACCCAUUAUAGUGAGCUGGUCCGCCUUGCUGCACUCUACAAAUAUGGUGGAAUAUAUCUUGAUUCUGACAUUAUAGUUCUGAGACCAUUAUCAUCACUCAAGAAUUCUAUUGCCUUGGAGGAUCAGAUGGCUAGAAGUCCUUUGAAUGGUGCUGUAAUGGCAUUUGAAAAGCACAGUUCCUUUGUAAUGGAGUGCUUGAAAGAGUUUUAUUUGACAUAUGAUGAUACUCAGUUGAGGUGGAAUGGUGCUGAUCUUUUGACUAGAGUUGCAAGAAAGUUUCUGAGAAAAAAACACUUAUUUACCAAACAGCUCAAGUUGAAUGUGCAACCCUCUUUUCUUUUUUUCCCUCUUAGUUCACACCAGAUCACAAGGUACUUUGUUUCACCAGUGACAGAGAUUGAGAAGGUGCAGCAAGACACUCUUUUCAAAAAGAUUCUGAAUGAAUCUUUGACGUUUCACUUCUGGAACAGCUUUACAUCUGCUCUCAUUCCAGAGCCAGGGAGCCUCGUAGCCAGGCUUAUUGACCAUCCUUGUAUCCAUUGCUCUGACAAGUUGUGAUCCAUCUUUACUCAAUCUGAUCCAAAUCAAUCCAGGUACAAGAUGGACUCUCUUUUAUGACAGGCAGUGCUGAAUCUCUGCCUGCAAGUGUGUUAGAUACAGGAAUUUCAUUUCAGAUGCUUGGGAUAAAGCCUAUUCAUAGAAUUAUAUAGUUUCUGUAACUAUAUUCCUUCAUUUGUUAAACAAGUGAGUUUGUAUCCUUGUAUUUAUAGUGCUUCCACAAAUUUCAAAGUUAGGGUAAAAGCUAGUGAAUGUGCUUUUGUCUUUGGUGGCUGAGAAAACCGAUGCAGUCAUUAGGCUGAAUUACCAAAUGCAAAUUUUGGUUCAGAAGAUUACACCUCUGUUCUUUGAAUUGAAUAGAAAAGCUACAGGUUU